AUGCAACGACGUCUUAGGCUCAAUGUAAUCGUUUGCUACCUCAUCGCACUGUCCGCGUUCACCGGGAUCGUCAGAGCGAUGCUCAUGUUUGACAAAGUGGAUGCUGAAUCAUCUUGUCUUCUGUCGAUGUGUGAUGUGGAUUCGGGUUGUGUACCGGUCGGGUGUUCGGUGGAUCAAAAUGAAAGAAUCGGUUGCGGUUAUUUCAAUCUCAACAUCUACCAGUUUCGGCAAUGCUAUCAACCCGGGAAAAAAGAUGACGAGAAUGAGGAAGAAGCCUGGAUGCAUUGUGCAGAGGAUUAUCACUGCUCAGCGAAUUGUAUCCGAAUCAUAGCCUCACGAUUUCGACUGAAAUGCUAUGGAAAAAGCGAUUGUGAGACGAUGGCUCGAAUCCACGAUGGGGGAGCCAACGGGUGUCGAGACUCGAACACUGCUACUUACUGGAAAAAGGUGCGAAAUUUAUGUGGUGACGCUUGCAACAAGCCGAUUUUCCGACGCCAA